AUGACUCGUGCGAGUGUUCGUGAGUUCACAGAGAGGAGCUGUGUGGAUGAUGAUGAUGAUAACAAGUCUGGGGAGGAGACUGUAUCUAGCAUCGGAGAGUAUGCGGAGGGUAGUUUUGUUGUUCCGGAUUCGCAGUCUGAAUCGGAUGGGUUCGACGGUGUAACUAAGUUGGAUGAGCCAGGAAAGGAAAUUGAAGCGUGGUGCUGA